AAAAAAUUAAAAUUAAAAAAUUAAAAAUUAAUGGUCAUUCUGUCACGGCAAAAGUAAAGAACGGACUACCAGGUAAAGAACUACAAUCGUUUUUUUAAAAUUCACUGUAGCUGGUCGACGUACUUAUUAGAGUGCCAAGUGCCUGAAAGUAGCUUCAUACUCUUUGCUAUGUUACAAAUGCGCUCGUUGAUUUAUCCAGGCUUAUGCUGAACCCGAAUGUUUACAAUUACGUCAUGUUGAUUUAUGCGUUUUCUACAAGUGAAUAUUUUUCCACUUUCUUGGAGCGAUCCAUUGAUUCGUUGAUUUGGGGUUUCAUGCAAUUUGGUAGGCCAAAAAACAAAAAAAGGAGUAGAGCUGGGAAUACCAACUAUAUCAUCACCCUAUUUGCCCCUUUUUUUUUUUGUUCUUCUUCUUUUUUCAUCCAAUCUUCAAAUGUUAUAACUUCUUCUUAUAAACAGAAUGAAUCAUACAAAUAAUAGUGCGACCAUUACUAUUACUGCUACUGCUGCCACUACAGUAUACAAAAAGAAAAGACGUCCAUCUCAAUCACAACAACAACAACAACAACCUAUCUCCGCAAAGGACUGUUGGUUCGUUAUAGGUGCUCAUCUAGCAGGUUCAUCUGAAAGAGAGUGUUCGCAGCUAUCAGGUCUUUCUAAAACGAUUACUCAUAAUAUUAUUGCAAACUUUAAAAAGUUGGGGUCACCUCAUCCAACCAAAUUGUCAGUAACUGAAAUGUUCAACAGCAGAAACAAUAUUCAGUCAGGCAUAACAGUUGACCAGGACACAAAGAAAAAGAAGCGAAAGAUGACUGAUGUCGAUGCUGAAGGAAAGGAUGCUUUGCCCCGAAAGAGAGGCAGACCACGCAACCCACCAGAAGCACCUUUUUUUACCCGAGCCAUAGUUGAACAAGCAUUGAAGGAAGCUAGAGACACACCCUAUACAACUACUACGAUUCAGAAUGACCGUAGUAAAGUUCAAUGGACUGAGACCCCUAUAGAAACAGCUUAUCCAUUGGAUCGGCUUGACACGCCACCUCGUGACGGAAACCAGCAGCUCAUGAAAGGUCUUGAACGUCCGUCACUCUCACCAUCUGAAUUUUUCAUAAAAGGAAGCGGAAACGCUUCCUCUUUACCUUUGACACCGCGGUCGCACACCAGCACACCAUCUCCUUCGCUUGAUGGUGAUGACGAAGAUGAAGAAGCGCCAUGUUCAUCAGAACCAACCAUUGAAAAGGAUUGGACGUUGGAAGACGAUAAAGAGAUUUUAUUACAUGUCCUUGGAUUGCCUCUGACCAAGAAUAUCAAAUGGAAGGAAGUAGAGAAGCAAUUUGGAAAUAGACACGUAGCUAGAAUGUGUUCUGAAAGAUGGGCCUACAUUAAAAAACAAUUGAUAAACGACAUCAUCCAGUCGACAAGCACUUGAAAUUACCAAAAUUUCAUUAUAUACCAAUAAACUGUAGAUCCCCCCCCCUCCUUUUGUGAUAUCUUUUUUUGAUUGUUUUUUUUUUUUUGUGCGCUAAAAAAGACACUGAGAUUUGUGCUACUGGACAAGUGCAAAAAACCAAGUGUAACCAGGUUGAACGUGCCAUAUGCCCUUAUUAUAAACACAUAACAUGCUUGCAAUAAUCAGCGUCAGUGCCUCUAUCCACCCACCGCAAACCCACUCCUCACCCAACAUUGAGACGUAAAAUUUUAUUGUCCUUUUCUUCAUUUUUGCUCCUUAUUGACUCUAUAUUCAUAUCAUCUUUUUCUUUCCUUCUUUCAUCUCUGUUCUUUCCCCCAUUUCCCUAGAC